AUGUCUCCUUCCCUAUGGAUUACAUUGCCCGCGGUAUUGAUUCUGGUUUCCAUUUCCUUGGUAGCUGCAGUUGGUACAAAAUAUGAAUUUGUAUUCGAAAAUGAUGAAAUUUUCGAUGAAUGUGCUGAUAUGGAAAAUGUCCAUGGAGUCCACGAUCUAUUCGAUACAUCAAAUUUGCAGUUUCAAUUCAAUGAAGGCAGUAUUACAAUUUCUGGAGAGGUGAAGUGUCUUUGGGAAGGAGUUCAGCCGACCGAUCGGAUUGAGAACCGUGUAGAGCUGUUAAAAUAUGUACGCGGUGCUUGGCAACCCACUCCCUUCUCCAUGUUUUUCAAUAAUUUCUGUGACAUAUUUUAUGAUGAGAAAAAUCUGUACUAUCGUCUAUGGACCAAGAACAUAUUGGAGGAGGAUCGUAAAUGCUUCAAUGUAUAUAUGCACGUUCUUCGCCAUCGCACCUUUGAGGUCGACACCAUUAUAGAAUUUCCCGUUAAAAUGGAUGGCCAGCACAAACUGGUUAUACAUUACAUUGCCUACGAUGAGAACAAUGUCAAACGUCCCAUAGAGGGUUGCUUCGAAAUUCACGGGGAAUUUUUUAAAGUUAAAUAA